UGAGGGGAGUCAAUAAUUCCUCACGUUGACUUGAGAUGUGAAUAAUUUUGGGGGGUAAAUGACGAGCGGACUCCCGGACGCUUCUGCCGUGAGACGACAUUUAUAGGGUCCAGUCAGAGUCGCCCGGAGCUCCCAGCCUCGUCGGGUGCAGCUUGUAAUCUGUGUACAAUGGAAAACUCCACUAAAGAGGACUACAAGAUCCAGUCGUUUGACCAGGAGACUCAAAAUUUGCUGAAAACUGCACUAAAAGAGCCUGGUUCGGUGAAUCUGGAGAAGGUGUCCAACAUUAUUGUGGACCAGUCUCUGAAGGACCAGGUGUUCAGCAAGGAGGCUGGGCGCAUAUGCUUCACUAUUGCACAGGCUGAGGCCAAGCAGAACAAUGGAAAUGUGUUCAGGAGGCACCUGUUGAACCGGCUACAGCAAGAGUUCAAAGACAGAGAAAAGACAAGGAUGCGUUCACUGCAGGAGUGGGUGUGCUACGUCACCUUCAUCUGCAAUAUCUUUGACUACCUUAAGGUGAACAACAUGCCCAUGGUGGCCCUGGUGGAUCCUGUCUAUGACUGCCUACUGAGGAUGUCCCACCCAGAUGCUCUGUUGAAUGAGGAGGAGGUAGAUUGCCUGGUGAUGCAGCUCCACAGCAUUGGGAGCCAGCUGGAGGCAGUGAACAUCCAGCGGAUGGACGAGGUCUUCAUCUUGCUGCGAGAUGGCUUUCUGCUCCAGGCGGGCCUCAGCUCCAUGACCCGUCUUAUGCUGCUGGAGAUCCUAGAAUUCAGAGCCGGGGGCUGGAAUCUCAGCGACACCGCCCAAAAGUACUACUACAGUGAGGUGGCGGACUAGGGCGGUUCCGAGGCUCAGGUUGCUGAGCAGCUAGUUUGGUGACCACUCAAGCCAACCAGUUACAGCUGUUUAGGUGAGGUGGUAGGAUUUACAAAAGACUUAAAUACGGUGUUGUGAAUUGAGAGGACUCCUUUCCUUUACUCCUUCCGUAUUGCCACCUAUUAAGAACGAGGUCGAUCGGGGAUGCACAGCUACUCAUCCUUCUCUUAGUGGUAAUUCAGGAAAUGUGACGAGGACAAGACAAUGCUUUGGAAAGCCAAGUGAAGAUGGCUUGAAGGACGCUUAAAAAAAUAAUAGAAGACGGUUCCCUAGGUUAUUUAUAACCAUUAUCGUGGCAUCGAGUGUAAAGGGCAAUUUGUAAGUGAUUGGGGAGAAAAAAUAAGGUUUAGUUUGCUAGAUUGUCCAUAAUAGAUAUAGAUUGAAUACAUUUAUUUGGCUUAAUAGGCAGAAUCGCAGCUCAAGAGAAAUUUCAGUUCUUCUUCUUGUCAAAUCUUGACUGUGUUGACAUUCCAUUUUGAGGAAACAAUUCAAAGUACCACACUCCAAUGUAUUAUUUUCCAACUGAAUCUAAAGUGGUUUGAAAACCCAUUCCAGUCAGGUAUAAGCUGAGUUGGCCUUUGCUUUAUUUUUACAUUUUGUUUACAGACCAAUUUCUUGAGUGGAAACUGUUUUAAAUGGCAUAGUUGAGAUACAUAGAUUUUGAAAACAACUUUUUUUUUUUUUGAAAAGAAUUAACUUUUUUUUUUUUCUUAAACAAUGAAUUAACAAUGAACUUGAUUCUUAACUAUUGAAUAAUCUCCGCUUUUACCCGUUAGUACCCGAGUGGAACAAUCAAACAUCGGAAAAACUCAAAACUUCACCAAACAAAAUGGCCAAGCAUAAAAACAGUGGAGACUCGGAGGUAGCAGGUCGUUAUGUGGAGGCACACUUCAAAGGUCACAUUCAAGGUCUAAUUCCGAGGAGCUGGGCCAUCUGGACGUCAGCCCGUGUAGAAAGGUUAGCCUGUGUACUGGUUAGCACCUUCCACUCUUAUGGAACUGGUAAUAUUCCUCAUUUGUCAUUGGAGCCUUUACAUCCACCUUUCCUCUCUCUGACAAAUCAGCAUGAAUCAAAUCAUGCACAAAGGCCUUGUUGACACAAUCCUCCACAAAUCCUUGGUAAUUCUCCAGAACUCGAUCUCUAGCUCUUGUUAGCAGUUGACCCCAGGCCAGUCUCCGGUAUCUAGCUGACCUUACCGCGUUCAAAUCACGCUUGAACCCAUAGUACGGAUUAUUCCCAACCAGUCUCGUACCUCAUUAGCAGCCACCCACUCCUGGAUAAAUGCGGAUCGGUAAAGGCCAUGGGAAGUCGUAAUGGUCAUGGAUAGUCCUAGCAACUGUGGGGAGUUGUCAAACCUGAACCGGUAGCUUGAGCCACCACCACACGAAGUCGUAUAGCAGCUGAAGGAAUGUCUUCUAGCCAUCUGUGAAACACACCGUGAUGUUUCUAUCAUCUACAUAGUGGCUGAAAUUACGCCAGGUUGAGGCUUUAUCUGAUGUGCUCAACUGUUUGGUUAGGCCUGGCAUCAAGGCCAUUAAGUCAGUUGAUAUUCUGGACAAAUUUAGCAGGUGAAAUCUGCCCUUGAACAGAGAAUGACAUGAUCGUCAUAAGAAUUGGGUGCAGUGCUCUAGUCCUCUCUCGUUCUGGCAAGCUACCUGCCAAGAGCUGCAAGGUAGCCAUUUGGUCACCAAGAGUCGUCUGAUCAGCCCAAGUGUUAUUCAGCACCCAAUGGUGAGCAAUAUGGUCAACAGUGGUGGCGUGUCUGGUUUUCAACUGACGCACUCCCUCAGUAAACAGUGGUUGGUUUCUGAAGGCAGCAGUGUUGGCAAACAAAGCCUCGAGAGCCACUCUAGACCCUUGUUCAUUCAAUACCUGAUCAGCUGGUAACCAUGGUGCUAACAUCUUGAGCACAAUUUUUUUGUCUCCUUACAGCCUGACUCUGCUCACAAAGAGCAAAUCAUGCUUGUGGUGACCAAAGCAUCAAUGUCCAAAUUAUGAGCAUCCACAUUAGCCCUCACAAAGGGUGCAGUGUUUAUAUGACACAGGAUGGAAGGGAAGACUGACACCAACAGUCACUAGUGCUCCAAAUAUAGCGGCGUUAUCAGCAGGACCCCACUCUAUAACGUUGACUCUGGGUGCUGAAAUAGGUCCUUGUUGCGUCCGACCCCACGCUGGCAUUGCCAAUGCGUUCCGGUUAUAGUUGCAGCCAAGUUCCUCCAUUCUCUUGCAUGUCACUUGCAGCCUAGCAGUAGAAGUGGUAGAUUCCUCACCUGUGCCUGUAGGCCACUACAUGUUGAACAGGUAGUAACAAAAUGCCAAUCCAAGAGAAGUUUGAAAACAAUGAAUUGGUUUGUCGCCCACUCUUAUUAUUUUUUUUUAACAAAGAAUUUAAUGUUUACGAAAAGAAUUGGAUUGACUUGACAAGCAAGAGAAUGUCAUCUUGCUCAAAUUUUGGUUUGCUUGUAAAAGCUAACACUUGGGGACGGCGAGGUGGCGCAGUGGUUAGCGCAAUCACCUCACAGCAAGAAGGUCCUGGGUUCAAGCCCCGGGGUGGUCCAACCUUGGGGGUCGUCCUCUGUGUGGAGUUUGAAUGAACUCCCUGUGUGUGUGUGUGUGUGUGGCCCUGUGAUGGUGUGGCGGCCUGUCCAGGGUGUCUCCCCGCCUGCUGCCCAGUGACUGCUGGGAUAGGCUCCAGCAUCCCCUCGACCCUGAGAGCAGGAUAAGCGGCUUGGAUAAUGGAUGGAUGGAUGGAAGUAUCGCUCUCUGGGCAACAUGAUCCAGAAAGGGCUGGUGUGGGUGCAGGUCUUUGUUCCAACCAAGCAGUUACACGUCUGAUUCUAUUAGUCAACCAAUAGUCUUGUUCCAACCAAGCAGUUCGUCUUUGCUAAGGACCGUGAGUUGUAGACUCAGGUGUGUAACUGCUUGGUUGGAACCAAGACCUGCACCCACACCAGCCCUUUCUGGAUCAUGUUGCCCAUCCCUGGUCUAUACAAAUAAAUUGACUUAUUUUGUUCUAUAGGAUACAUAUGGUGAUAUUUGUUUCAGCAUUUUAGGUUUGUGGGAUGUGCAAGCUUUAAGUGUUUGCAAAAGCAUUUCGAUGUAAAUCAGGGAUUAUCUUUAAUGUAGAAUAAGGUGUUAAGUCUUUACAGACGUUUUCAUUUCAGGAAAAGGAUGAAAAAGUAAUCACUCGUUGAAUACAAUUUAGGCUAGUUUUUGAUUGAAGUAGAUUUUUUUUUUUAAAGUCAUUUUCAUACGUACAGCAGUGCAUUAACAAAAGCCAAUGUUUAUAAGUCUCAUAACAUCAGGGUUUACAUUUGUUUCUUUUGUAAAAGAAAUAGUGCCAACAUGACAUAUACAGAAUCAUACCCAAUACAGGACCACUUCGACAAAUUCCAAACAUUUUUUUAAAUCAAGUCUCUCUCUAUCCAUCCCCUUGGGCUUGUUUUAAUUUGCCAUGAUAAGUUGUAUGCAGAGUACAUCUCCAGUAGAUCAUUGCAUUUACUCUGAUUUUUGUUAUUUCACCUUUUGAGGGGGUCAUGGUCCUCUUGUUCAUUUGAAUUGUAUUUUGAUUAAUUGAAUGUUAAGGUUUCACCAGCACUUGCAUUACCAUAAUGUUACAACUUACUUCUGCUAUGCUCAGUGACAGCUUUAAUGACUCAAAACCAAAGCAGUGCCUUGGCAUCGAACACAAACACAGGAUGAACACUAGCAAGGUUAAAGUGGGACAUGCUACUGACAAUCACAUGAACAUUAAGCAAUGCUUUAUUUGGUCAUAUGAUUCCUGCAACCUCUAUGGCAUAAAUUGACAACUAAAGUUUAUAAUGGGUUUGAUAGAUACAACAGCGCGAGGGACAGAGUUUCUCAAAGCAUUUGAAAAUUAAGUCGCUUUACGUCUUAGUUCACUUUCACCACUGCUAAGAGGAAAACUUUCUCAUCAAUCCGGCUCAUAGGAAGAAUUAAAAUCAAGUAAUAUUUUAAGAGAUGCUUUAUGUAAGUUGGCUAAAAAAAAAAACCUCAUUACAAAUAAAAACCUUCUUAAUUGCAGGAAAUUUCCAACUCUUGUGAGAUUUAGGACAUGCAAGACAUCUCAAAAAAUUCUUCAGGCCAAACACAGGCAUCCAGGACCAACGAGGUCCUUAAGAGCAUGCCGGGUUUCCUUCUCACCAAUCGUUACACCAGCUGAUUUCACACAUCCUCUGGGUGACGGUGCAGUGACUGGUUGGAGGGAAACCCUGCGUACGUAGCACACGGUUCCUGUUUAGGUUUCUUCUCCAGCAUUGUGUGUACCCAGAUAUUGGUAACUGAGUAUAAUCUUAUCAUGAACAACUGGAUAAGCUUGCUGACUGCUUAUGACUUUGAUUCUCUAGAAAUUACCAAGUUGAGUCUGGAGUGUCUGUCUCCCAAUGCUGGGGUUGCACAUAGUAUGUCCCCUCUGUCGCGACUGGGCGUAGUACUUGCUGUAAUGUUUUUGUUCAAUAUUAUGUUCAUUAUUUGUUCCAGUGACUUUUUUGUUUGAUUGAAUAGACUGCAAAAAGACUAGCUCUAAUAUAUCGAGUUUGAACAAUGUUUUUUGACCUUGGUUUCUCAGUCGUGUGUAUGUGACAGUUAAAAGUAAGGGUUGGGCACUGUGUGUUUUCUCACAAUUUAUUGUACACUAUGGCCAUACAAGCUCAAUACAAAAAACAAAACAUUUUUCAGCUACCCAUGUUUAAUUCACCCUAGUGUUUCACAGCUUAACUGCAGAAACCAGCCAUUUAUAAUAUAACAACAUUUCAUACAGUGGCCUAUCACCAGAGGAUAAUUGCAGUGUUUACUAUGUACAGUGAGGUUUUGGGGCACAUAUUACCAAUUCUUCUAUUUAUACUUUGUGGCCACCACUUUUUAUUUUUCAGCAAAAAAGAAAAGAAAAAUC